AUGCCUACUCCUGCUAGUCCCGCCUCCCCUUUUCCCCUUUCCACCACGCCUUCUUCCCCUCCUGUCACGCCCUCUCCCCGUCCAAACACCCGUCCUCCCAUUCCCGCCACGCCUUCUCCCCUUCCCGUCACGCCCUCUCCCCGUCCAGACACCCGUCCUCCCAUUCCCGCCAUGCCGUCUUCCCUUCCCGCCACGCCCUUCCGGCAAGCCCUCAUUUAUUCCCGGCACACCUCCCUAUGCGUCAGCUAUUCCGCCCAUCCACCACUCCCCACUCCACCGUUUGCCCAUAUACCUCUCCCCACCCCACCGUUUGCCCAAUUCGCUCUCCCCACCCCACCCUUUGCCCAUCCACCACUCCCCACCCCACCGUUUGCCCAUGUACCUCUCCCCACCCAACAUUCCCACCCCACCUUCUUCCCAUAUACCUCUCUCCACCCCACCGGUUUGCCCAUAUACCUCUCCCCAUCCCACCCUUUGCCCAUCUCCCUCUCCCCAACCCCACCGUUUGCGACCCAUCUCCUUCUCCCCCCCCACCGUUUGCCCAUCUCCCUCUCCCCACCCCACCGUGAGCCCAUCUCCUUCUUACCCCCCCACCGUUUGCCCAUCUCCCUGUCCCCUCCCCACCCUUUUCCCAUCACCCUCUCGCCACCCCACACUUUGCCCAUCUCCCUCUCCCCACCCCACCCUUUUGCCAUCCACCAAUUCCCACCCCAUCUUCUGCCUAAAUACCUCUCCCCACCCAACCAGUUUGCCCAUAUACCUCUCCCCAUCCCACCCUUUGCCCAUCUCCCUCUCCCCAACCCCACCGUUUGCGAGUCUCCCUCUCCCCACCCCACCCUUUGCCCAUCCACCACACCCCACCCCACCUUCUGCCCAUAUACCUCUCCCGACUCCACCGUGAGCCCAUCUCCUUCUCCCCCCCCCCCACCGUUUGCCCGUCUCCCUCUCCCCACCCCAUUGUUUGCCCAUCUCCCUCUCAACACCCCACCCUUUGCCCAUCUUCUCUCUAUCUCUCUUCCCACUCCCGCAAUGCUAUCUCUCGCCACCAGAUCUCCGGCUCCCUCUCCCCCCCACAAAACUUUUUUGGGCGCCUCAAAGUUCAUCACUCGCCCUUUCUCCCUUCCCUAUUCCCCCCUCUCCUCUCUCUAUCCUCACGCCCACAGUGAUCUAUCUUGA